CCCCCCGGGUGCGCGCCGUGCCGGUGGGGGGGGUGUCGAUGGCGCGGCCACCGCCGCCGCCGUGUGCUGGCCGUAUACUCUCGGUGCUCGACAUGCACACAGGCGGCGAGCCGCUGCGUAUCGUCACCGGCGGCUUCCCGCCCGUCCUCGGCCACGACAUCCUGAGCAAACGGCGCUACGUGCGCGACGAGCUGGACGGGCUGCGGCGGCACCUGCUCUUCGAGCCGCGGGGCCACCGCGACAUGUACGGCGCGUUGCUGGUGGGCUCCGAGAGGCCCGAUGCCCACCUCGGCGUCCUCUUCAUGCACAACCAGGGCUACAGCACCAUGUGCGGCCACGCCGUCCUGGCGCUCGGACGCUACGCCCUGGAUUACGGCCUGAUCGCCGAGCCCAGCUCCCCCGAAACACAGGUCAACAUCCACUGUCCGUGCGGCCUCGUCCGAGUUUACGUGCAGUACGACCGGGGCAGGAGCGGCCGCGUCCGCUUCCACAGCGUCCCGGCCUUCGUCUUCGCCGCAGAUAUUCCUAUUGAUGUACCAGGACAUGGGAAGAUUGUGGUGGAUGUUGCAUAUGGAGGUGCUUUUUAUGCAUUCGUGAGUGCAGAUUGUUUUGGUUUGGAUGUUUGUUCCUCCAGAACACGAGACCUUGUAGAUGCAGCAGUGGCUGUAACUAAUGCUGUGAAAGCACAGGUCAAACUGCACCACCCUGAUAGCAAAGAUCUUGCCUUCCUCUAUGGCACUAUAAUAACUGAUGGCAAAGACACAUUUUCUGAAGAACCAACAGCAAAUAUCUGUGUUUUUGCAGAUGCUCAGGUUGACAGAAGUCCCUGUGGCUCAGGUGUGACAGCUCGUGUUGCAUUGCAGUAUCAUAAAGGAUUGAUUCUACUGAAUCAGACCAGGACAUUUCAAAGUGGUCCAACAAGCUCAUUAUUCACAGGAAAAGCUGUUGAGGAAACAAAAUGUGGCGAUUUCAAAGCUGUUAUAGUGGAAAUAUCAGGACAAGCACAUUACACAGGAACAGCAAAUUUUUAUGUAGAAGAUGAUGAUGAUCUCAAAGAUGGGUUUCUUCUUCGAUAAAGUAUUUUAUACAAAAGUUAUCAUGUACUUAACAUUACAAUCUUGGUAUUAUUUUAAAGCUCUAACUCUUAUUAAGUACAUUUUAGUUUUCUAACUAUGAAUCUUAGUAUUUAAAGACAUUUAGCUAUGAAUUAUUCAUGUAUAAUUGUUUGUAUCUUGUAUAUGCUUAGUAGUCUGAUAGAUCAUGUUUAAUCAUUUAUGAAUAUGGAAACAAGUGUUAUGAUGCUACAUUUCAUUCUGGGUUAAGUCCUAAACUCUGAUAUUUCAAUCUACACCGUGUAUAAUUCCUUUAAUUAUUAGGGUACAAUAAAAUUAAAUUAUCACCAUGAUAUUAAUUGUAAGAAUGCAGUGUUAGCAGAGAAAAGUAAUAGUUUUGUUGAAGAUUUCUACUUUCAUUGAAUUACACUGCACCGUUUUAAGUUGGUGACAGUUUUUUCUAAUUAUUCACCUUGUGUAUACAAUAAAAUUAGCCUUCAGUUUGACAUCCUAGUUAUCUAGUAGUAAAGCAAUUUCAGUCAGAUUUGUAUUGGCAAAUCUGACCACUCUAAAUUAUAAAGAUAUAGGUAGGUAAUGCCCAAUUUUAAAAUAACAGAUGGUGAAGAACAAAAAAAUCACAUUGUUGCAGCUCAUGUUAGUGACAAUAAACCUGAUUCUGAUUACAUCUGCUUAGCAACAGGGUAAUGUGAUGUUUAGUUGUGUAAAGCAGAACAAGGAUAAUAGCUGGAUAAUGCCUCAGAAUGCCUUGGGCUCCUUUCUGAAAAUUAAUAUCAUGUCAAGUAAAAAAAUAUAUUUCUGUUCAAUAUAUGUUCAAAAUUGGUUGAUAUGUUAUGCUAAAGACAUUGCAAUAAAAUACAGCAGUAUCCAUUUA